GCUGAAUGCGGUGGUGAUGUUCUCCAUCAGGAACGCCUCCAGCAUGAGAAGGCGGGUGUGUCCAGAUGGCGCUCAGUGGGUGUGACCUCGGAUCCUAAACUGAGGCUCGUCGGAGCGGAGCGUUGCUCAGUCGCGCGAGCGUCGCGGAGGAUCUGGAUCGAUCUGAGCUCAGGCUCGCGUUUGAACUCCGCCAUCUUUAGCGGUGACCUCGGGAGCAGUCAUGAGCUUGUACAACUCGCAGCGCGGCAUCAGCGCGACGGUACGCCGCACCGGAUCUCGCAGCGAGCUCAGCGCGGGCCCGGCGUCUCCGUACGCGCGCAACGAGAUGGUGGUGGUGCAGCGGGGGAAUAAUGGUUUCACCCAGGAAUAUGUGGAGGGAUUCAACCACAGUUUCUCCAAAGGGAGCAGCGGCCAAGUCUCCAGCAUGAUGCCUGUGCAGCAGCAGAUCUCGUUUCUACAGACCCAGUGUCAGGAUUAUCUGGACAAGACAGCCCUGAUCCUGAACACUUGUGGAGAUGCCAACGCUUUCAUGGAAGCUCAAAGCUUUCUGGCGUCUGCUGCUGAUAUCACCGAGCAGCUCCGAGGCUUUGCUCUGGACCUGAACCAGCAGAGACUGCCGUCUGAGAGCGUCGUGCAGAGUGUGAAUAUAUUCUCCGAGCAGCUCAGAGAUCUCAGCAUGGCUCUGAACGGCGCUCCACUGCAGCAGCAGGUGCAGCAGAAGUGGAGCAGCAGGACGAUGCGGCGCAGCGCGAGCCGUGAAGAACCCAACCGUUUCUUCACCGAGGCCAUGUCCUGGAUCCAACAGCAGAGAAGGCUGAUAGAGACGUCGCAGUGGGGAGAUGAUUUGACGGCUGUCGAGCAGCAGAUAACCAAUCACAGCAUGUUUCACAGCUCUCUCCAGAGAAGUACAGAGGUGGAACGAGCGCGAACAGAGCUGAUGCGAGGCAAAGACCAAAGCGCUGAAGGAAACAAAUCCUGUCUCCUCAAACUGGAUCAGGAAUGGGAAAAUCUACAGAAAGCCUCGUACCAGCGGAGCGUCCAGCUGCAGGACCUGCGAAACAUCAUCGAGGAGAUCUCCGGACAGAUCAUGUGGGUGAACGACCGAGAGGAAGAGGAGCUGGUGUUCGACUGGGGCGACAAAAACAUCGACGUCUACAUCCCUCAGAAACAGGAGAGCUUCUCAAAACUCAUGAGUGAACUGGAGCAGAAGGAGAUUCAGCUGAACGUCCUGAAAGCGAAGGUGGACAGUCUGCUGAAAAACAAACACCCGGCGUCUGAUAAGAUCCAGGCUUACAUGGAGACGCUGCAGACGCAGUGGAGCUGGCUGCUGCAGAUCACCAAAUGCAUCAACGUCCAUCUGAAGGAAAACGCACGAUACAGCCAGUUCUUCAAAGAGGCGGUCGAAAUGAACGACAAACUGAAGAAAGAGCACGAGAACAUCCGCAAGAGCUUCUCCUGCGAUAAAUCCACAGCUCUAAACGGCUUACUGGAUCUGCUGCAGGGUCUGGAGAGGGAGCGCGAGCGGCUGACGGAGCAGAGGGAGAUGGUCCAGCAGCUGGUGCUCAAAUCCAAGAGCAUCGUCAGACUGAAACCCAGAAACCCAGAAGAGAAGAUCACGGGUCAAAAUAUCCUCGUGCAGGCGCUGUGUGACUUCAGACAGGACGAGAAGACGAUCCGAAAGGGUGAUGAAGGGAUCCUGAAGGAUAACUCUGAGAGAACCACGUGGCAGGUGACAGGACCCGGAGGAAUGGACAUGCUGGUGCCUUCAGUCUGUCUGCUAGUGCCCCCUCCCAAUCCACUGGCCAUCAGCCUGGCCAGCAAAAACUCUCAGUAUUAUGAGGCCAUUCUAACCGUCUGGAAUCAGAUGUACAUCAACGUCAAGAGCAUGAUCUCGUGGCAGUACUGUCUGCUGGACAUCAACCGCGUCAAUUCACUCACCAUCAACAUGCUUUCCAAAAUGAGUCCAGAGGAGUACAACAGCAUCAUGAGAAGUUUAGAGAUGCACUUCCAGGAGUUCAAGAAGCACUCGCAGGGUUCAGAGCUGUUCGCGGCCGAAGACCAGAAACACAUGGAGAGCCAGUUCACAGGAGCCCAGCAGCACUACAACAAGCUGGUGGUGGAUCUGCCUGCGUACGCGGCUCGAGGAGAGGGCUCUGAAUUCGCGGCGGCGGUGAGUGUCAGACUACUGAACGAGCUCAGUGCUCUCCGAUUCAAGCUGGACGCCGCAGACUCGUCCCUCGUCACGUUCCUGUACAUCCCGUUAAGACAGGACGCGCCGGAGGAGUGCGAGCGGCCCAUCGCCAGCACACAGGUCUUUCAGAGGGACGUGCAGAUGCUGAAGACCGAGUUCCUGAGCCUGAGAAACAGCGUGCAGACCGAGCUCAAAGACGCAUCGGACAGUGAUAAAGCCAGAUACCUGCACGCACAGCUGGAGCUCAUUAACCAGAGACUAGAUCAGCUGGAGAGCUACACCACGACACACCUGCACAGGCUGAAUUUACUGAAGUCUCUGCUGAAAGAUCUGCUGAAAGCUGAAGAUGUGGUGAAGGUUUAUGAAGCUCGACUGAUAGAGAAAGACACGGCGUCGCUCGAUCCAGACGAGGUGCACAAAUACCAGAAAGUGCUUCAGAGUAUGCGCACUGAUUUGGAGCAGAAGCAGGAUUUGCUUAAUUCGCUGGUGGCCAAUUUCAAUAAAGUCCAGCAGUACAACGACCAGACGGAUCAGGGCCGUUACAAGUGCAUCAUCAACCUCUCUCAGUACGCCGAGCACUUCAACCAGCUGUCAGACCGCUGGAAACGCACCCAGAUACAGAUCAACAACAGGCUGGAGGAUCUGGACGCUUACCUGCCAAAUCUACAGCGAUACAUGGAGUCUAGCUCUCGUCUCAGCGGCUGGAUCGACCAAACCCAGCGACAGAUCGAUGCUCAGCAUCACGUCAAGACGGAGGACUUCACAGUUUACACACAGCUGCUCAACCAACAGAAAGCGUUAAACUCUGAUAUAAAGGCGAAGAGAGAGCUGCUGGAGACGGUGCAGAAAGACGGAGAAACCUGCAUAAACGCCAUCAAGAACUAUGAGCUUGAGUUUGCAACUUACAGCGCUGGACUGGAAACUUUGCUCAACAUCCCCAUCAGAAGGACUGUGCUUCAGUCACCAUCUUCCAGCAUUUCAGAAGAGGUCUCUUCUCUGAAUGCGCACUAUUUCGAAUUGCUCACCCGUUCAAACGAUUACUACAAACUUCUUAUGGCUUCCCAGAAGAACAUGGAAGAACUGAAGAUGCGGAAUACCAGGAUUGAGCUUCUCGAGGAGGAACUUGAGCAGCUGAGAGAUGCCAUUAAGGAUCACACUUCAACGAAUGCAUCUUUGCAGCAGGCUCUUCUGAAAUAUCAGCAAGAGCUGAAUGAAUCGCAGACACACCUGCUAUCUCUGGAAGAAGUGAAGAGGACCGAGACUUUGAAGUGCAUGGCUACACAGGACAGCCUGGACUCUUCAACCAAUCGCCUUCAAGAGCUAACGGAUGAAGUACGUCGCCUCAAACUCCAGUUGGACGAUAUGGAGAGGAAGAAAAAAAUUGUGGAAGAGCGCUACAUGUUUCUGCAGGAAGAACACGAUGAAACCAUGCGCAAGAAAAUCAAGGAACUGGAGCAGGCCAGCUGGGCCAAGAUGGAGCUGGAAAAGACUGUGUCUGACAGGACUCAAGAGCUGGAACGUCUACGAAGGGAGUUGGAAGACGAGGCUCGGCGCGUCAAGGAGGCGCAAGCAGAGCUGGCAAAGGUAAGGCAGGAGCACAACACAGAGAUACGAGAGGUGAAACAGACCUACGAAUCUCAAAUCCUCGUUACUCAGACCAGCAUGCAGAAGCUUUCGCAGCAGAAAGAAAGUGAGGCUGCUUCCAUGCGUCUGGAGAUUGAAAGAUUAGAGGGAGAAUCUAGGGAGUUAAAGGAGCAGAUGCAAGGACUUCAUAUCUCCCUCAGCCAGAAGGAGGUUCAGAGGAAGCACCUAGAAGAGGAGGUCCAGAGAGUUAGAGCUGUAAGUACAGAGGAAGGCCGAAAGAGGCAUGAGCUUGAAUCUCAAGUCCAGUUGUUGCUUAGCCAGAAGCGUGAAGCAGACAACAAAACGAGAGAGGUACAGGAGAGCUCCAGUCGGGCACUGCAAGAAAAGAGUAGUGAGAUCAACCGUCUCUCACGCUCUCUAGAAGAGGAGCAACGUCUGAAAAGAUCUUUCGAGGCUGAGACCAGGCGACUGGAGGAGGAGUUGGCCGACCUCAAAACGAAGAAUGAAAACUGUAAUGUGGAGUUGGUGCAACUGCGCUCUUCCCACCAGGAGUUGAGCCUCAUCCGGGUGGAGCUGGAGGCCUAUGCUCUUGAGAAGGGCCGGUCUGAACAGACUAUCGCGCACCUCCAAAACCGCAUUCAAGAGCUCCAGCAGGAGCUGAAGCAGCUGGAAAGUGAUUUAGAGAAGCAGCAGAAAGUGGUGGAAGAGGAGGCCAGCAAGCGUAGGAGAACAGAGGCACAACUUGAAAAGAGUAGCCAGGCCAUGAGGGAGUACGCCACGACGAUCACCAAGCUGCGCAAGAGCCAGGAAGAAACGAAUCUUGAAGCCAAACAUGCGGAUGAAGAAUGCAAGCAGCUGAAGGAGGCUCUAGACCGUGCCUUAAAGGAGCAAAAAACAUCUUCUCAGAGCCUCGCUGCCUUGAAAGCCGAGAUGAACACUUUGAAACUACAGCUGACACAGGAGCAGGGGCGCGUCCAAGACUCCAACCAGCGCUAUGAGGCUCUUCAACGCACCAUGGAGGAGAAGACUUGUGCAUUAAACAUAGGCACUGCUGAAACUGAGCGUCUGCAAAGGCUCAACGAAACCCUUUCCAAAGAUCGCCACCGCCUGGAGGAGGAGUUACACUCUUUGCGUCUAGAAUAUGAUGAUCUGCUCAAAAACAAGAAGCUUCGAGAUCGGGAAACGACUGAGCAAAUCGCAGCUUUGCAGAAGCAGCUCGAGUCCAGUCAGCGUGCCGGUGCAGAGCAUGACAGGCUUAUGCGACAGCUCUCGCGAGAGAGAGAGAAACUGCAAGUGGAGAUAGAAAAUGUGCAAAAACAAGCCAGAGAGACUUCCUCUGUGAUCCAAAAAUCCCAACAUGAGUUCAGCAGCCUGCAGCAAGAGCGGGAUGAUCUCCUCAAGAAACUGACUGCAAUGGACCAGGAAAUGAUCCGCUUAAAAAACCUGGAAGACGAACUACCCCGUGUCAAACUCUCACUGGAAUCAGAACUGCGAUUCAAAUCACAACUGCAGGAGGACAAUGAGAAGAUCAAAAAGGAUUUUACCCAGUGGAAGACCAAAUGUGCAACUCACGAGGAGCAAAUUCGAAAGCACAACUCCGAGCGCUCUGGCCUGGAGAGCCAAUUUAAUUCUGUCAAGUCUGAGAUGGAGAGGCUGAGGAUGCAACUGAGUGAAACCGAUGAACGCUACAGGCUGCUCUUGCAGAAAUCGGAACGAGAGAGGGCAGAGAUGCAGGCAGAACGAGACUCGCAGGAGAAGGAGGUGUUAAGACUGCAGCGGAAGCCAGAUGGUGCUACCAAAUACACUCAGACAGACCUAACGGAUCCCUCCUCACUGGUCUUCGAAGGUGUCCGCAAGAACGUAACGGCUCAGCAGCUGCAUGACUGUGGUGUGAUUGACAAGGUGACAUUUGAGCAGUUGAUGAAAGGCCAGCGAACUGUCGAGGAUGUAUCUGUUGAUAUCAGGCUCAAUCUUAAAGGCACUGGAGCCAUUUCGGGGCUGGCAGCAGGACCUAAAGGCAAAAUGACCUUCACCGAGGCCAAAAAACAAAAGUUGAUUUCGGACGAGAGUGGAAACAUGUUACUGGAGGCUCAGGCUGCCACAGGGUACAUCAUAGACCCCAGAGCUAAUGUGAGGAUGACGGUUGAGGAGGCUUGUCUGAAUGGGCUUGUGGAUGAGGCUGACAAGAAACAACUGUUGAUUGCAGAGGCCGCCUGUGUUGGGUUCAGGGAUCCCAAAACUAUGAAACUCUUGCCAGUUUGCCAAGCCAUGAAGAAAGGAAUAGUUAACCGAGAAACAGCUCUGCGUCUCCUGCAGGCACAAGAGGCGGCGGGAGGCAUCAUUGAUCCCGUCCUUAGCGUCUAUGUUUCUAAAGAUACCGCUAUGGACCGUGACCUUAUUGAUGAGGAUCUCUAUCAAGCUCUAAAUGCGAAACCAAACUGCUAUAUUGAUCCUGACGAUGGCCUGCAUGCCAGCUAUGUUACAAUCAAGAAGCGAUGCAAGGCUGAUCUCAGCACUAGCUUGCUCCUGCUUCCGGCUCCAGAGAAACCCAUAACUGUACCGGGGCUGCGGCACGAAGUUAACGUGACGGAUCUGGUGGAUGCAAAAUUGCUGCAACCUUCGGAUGUAGAUAAUUUGAGAGAGGGCAAGAUUACCAGCCGUGAUAUUGAACACAGGCUUCGGGCUUAUCUCCGAGGGUCAACCUGCAUUGCUGGGAUUUAUGACGAGGCCAACGACUGCACAUUGCCCAUCUACCAGGCCAUGAAGCAAGGGCUUCUGCGACAAGGCACUACCUUGGAGCUUCUGGAGGCCCAGGCUGCCUCGGGAUUCAUUAUUGAUCCAAUCAGCAAUGAAUACUACACAGUCGAGGAGGCUUGUAAGAAUGGACUGGUGGGAGUGGAGUUCAAAGACAAGCUUCUUUCUGCCGAGAGAGCAGUAACUGGGUACAAAGACCCAGGCACCAACAAGAUGAUCUCCCUAUUUGAAGCCAUUGAGCGUGGUAUCAUAGAGAAAGGUCAUGGCAUUCGCCUGCUGGAGGCUCAGAUUGCAAGUGGUGGCAUCAUUGACCCUAAAAACAGUCACCGAAUUGAUGUUGAUGUGGCGUACCAAAGGAGCUACUUUGAUGAAGAGAUGAACCAGAUUCUGAAAGAUGAAGGAGAUGACACAAAGGGUUUCUUCGACCCAAACACAGAAGACAAUUUGACGUACUUGGAGCUGAAGAGCCGUUGCAUUCCAGAUAAGACGACGGGGCUAGUGCUUCUGCCUCUUUACGAUAAGAAAAAGAUGCAGCAGAAGAACUCCACAAGGAAGCGACGAGUACUGAUUGUUGAUCCUGAAAGCAAUAAAGAGAUGACUGUGCGUGAAGCCUACGAAAAGAAACUCAUAGACUACGAAACCUUCCUGGAAUUGUCUCAGCAAGAGUGCGAGUGGGAAGAAACGGUAAUCACUGCCCCAGAUGGCUCGACCAGUACAGCUAUAAUGGACAUGCAAACAGGGAUUCAAUAUGAUUUGAAAGAACUGCUUACUAAGGGAGUUAUUGACCAAAGUGUCUUUGAUAAGUAUCGUUCAGGAAAUCUCACCCUUACAGAACUUGCAGAUAUGAUCACCAACAAGACGAAGAUGCUCAGCAGCCCCCUCAGCUCCUCUGCCGCCUCAUCAACUUUCACAUCCCAAACGGCACUGAAAAGCCAGAUUAUUAAAACCGAAACGGUUAAAACCGAGAGCAUCUCCACUCACCAAUCCAUUCAAGAUCCAACCUCAACAAACACCGCCAAGCAUGUUUCCAGCAUGUCAGUCAAACUGACCCCGUUAGUGGAAAUAAUCGAGGAGCAGAAUCCAGUCGGAGCAGUUUUUGACACAGAGAAGAUGGAGAAGAUCAGCAUAUGUGAGGCUCUGAAGAGAGGAAUCAUUGAUUCCAUUACAGCGCAACGACUCCUGGAGGCUCAGGCUUGCACCGGAGGGAUUGUGAACCCUGAAAACGGUCGCCGUGUGUCUGUUCAGGAAGCAACGCGACUUGGUGUCCUUGAUGACGAAAUGGCUAACAGGAUAAAACCUGCCCAGAAAGCGUACAUUGGUUUUGAAGAUUUCAAAACCAAGCGUAUGAUGUCAGCCGCCGAGGCCGUCAAAGAAAAAUGGCUGCCGUACGAAGCCGGCCAGCGGUUCCUCGAAUUCCAGUAUUUAACCGGCGGGCUGUUUGACCCAGAACAUAGUUGCAGACGUUCGCUCGAGGAAUCUUUGCAGCUCGGCUGGCUGGAUAUGAGAGCGGCUCAGAGGCUCCAGGAUACACGCCACCACCCCAAGACCCUCACCUGCCCCAAGACCAAGCUGAGGAUAUCCUACAAGGAGGCUCUGGAAGGUUGCAUGACCGAGGAGAACACAGGUGUCCGCAUGCUUCCGGCCGCCACGGUUUCAUCACGUGGCAUCAGCAGCCCCUACAACCUCUCGAAUCCAGGAUCUGCUUCAGGUUCUCGGAGCGGCUCUCGAAGUGGAUCCCGUAGGGGCAGCGUAGAUUACACUUUAUCCCCCUCUUCGUCUUCCAGAUACAGCAGCUUCAGCUACAGCAGAACCUCUUUCAGCUCCAGAUCACUGUCCUAAACAAUCAUUUUGUACUGUGCAAUGCUAUACAACACAAUUCUGCCCUACAAAGCAAAAAGGCAGUAACUACGCAGAGUGCAGAAGUGAGAAAAAUUACUUAAAAGUUGUCCUGUCAUCCAGCCUAAGUAGUUACUGUACAAACACCUACCAUUUUUCUCCAAAACGACACAGAUUUCAGAUAAGAUGUUUUGUCACACAACAAAGGAUGCAUUGAAUGUCAUAAAAAAACGUCAAUAACUCAUUUUUGACCAAAAAUGCAGUUACUGUCUUUUUGCUUUGUAGGGCAGAAUUAUCCAUCAAAGUAUUUUAAGAUAAGAUUACAAGAAAAUCAUUUAUUAUUGGAAAUCUGAAUGGUGUUGUUAACGAAUCAGCAUUUGUAUUUUUUACCACCUUGUUUGGAAAACGUAAGAAGAACUAACGUUUCUUAAAUCUAUAUUGAAUGUAUUAAUACAAAACAACACUUUUGAUUUUGUUUGCUUAUUCACUUUCUGGGUGUUAAUCUGCUUUAAAAUUUUAAUAAACAGUAAUGAAAUUUCUUUAUUACACUAGAUCUUGGGUAAAGAUUUCACGUUCCUAUUUUGUUUUUACACUAAAACUGUUGAAUUGUAGUUUUUUUCUUAAAGUUUCAGUGCCUUGACUUUACCUUUGUACUAGUCUGAAAAACUCUGUGAAUUUCUUUCUAACACAGUGUCUGAUAUUUUUUCUUACGGUUUUAAUGCUCAAAUAAAGGAAGACCUCAUAAGA